AUGUCGCCUCAAUCCUGGUCCCAUUGGGCCACAUGUGUCACAGUCGCUCCUCUCGCCUGCGUCGCCUCCGCGGCGGCCGUGCGCGCGGUGGCGGCCCGCACGCGCCCCGGCCUGCAACGCCUGCUUCUGUGCCUCCCAGCAUUGCUCCUCUACAGCUACUUCCCCUUCCUGUUUGACGUCCAAACUAUCAGUCGUGCCAGCGCAGCCGCGAUGUUGCUGUGGCUGGCGAAUUUCAAGCUGCUGGCUCUCUGCCUGGGCCGGGGCCCGCUCACGCAGCGCGACCUUACCCUUGGCCAAUUCACCGCGCUAUUGCUGUGGCCGAUCAUACCCAAAACAGGCAAGGAACGAAGACAAGGAAAUGUCGUUUUCCAUCCUCGCUCCGUCUUCCUCCUGGCGCUCUUCACGCUGACCCAUCCAUUGGUGCCGCUAUUCGUCAAGACCUAUUCGGCAGCCUUCGGUGUGUGCUGCUACUGCGACCUGUGGGCUAAUGCCUGUGCCGCCUUGGUGACGUGGGCGCACGGACUGGUAGUGGCACCCUCCUGGGAGCGACCCUGGCUGCAAACCAGUCUGGCGGAUUUUUGGGGCCGGAGAUGGAACUUGCCCACCUCGUCCUCGCUCAAAUACCUGGUGUACGAGCCCCUUGCGGAAGGUCGCCUGGUGGCGGCAUCGGAGCUGCGUACUCCGCUAACCGCGACGGCGGCGGAGGCGCCAGCGGAAUCCAACGGCAGCGGUGGUGCCAAGCUGGCCCUUGAUUCCUAUGGUGAACAGCCGCCGCUGCCGCCGCCGCCGCCAGCUGAUGGCGCCGGGGGCGCUGCCACCCUUGCCCCCGCGGGGCCCGCCAUUGACGACGGCGGCAACAGCAGCAGCCGCGGGCCUGGCGGAGCAAAGGACAUUCGGACGGAUGGCGGUAAGGAUAGCAAAAACAGAGAUGGAGUCGUGGCGGAGGCGAAGGAGCUGACCCAUGGGUCUGAAGCGGUGGCCGCCGCAGCAGCAGCAACAGCAGAUGGCGCUGCACAUUCGCGGCGCAGUCGCAGCGGCCGCGGUGGCUCCGCGUCCUCGUGGAUCAGGCUGGUUGGCUUGGCGGCCACCUUCGCAGUGAGCGGGGUCAUGCAUGAGCUGAUGCUGUGUAUUUGCACCGGCGACACGUCUCAGCUGGGCAAGCAGGCGCUGUUUUUCGCGAUUCAGGCACCUCUCAUGGCUGCGGAGCAACGGCUGGUCAAGGCGCUCACCCGCGCACGCAUCCACCCGCCCACCUGGCUCUGCAUCCCUGUCGCGUCCCUCACGCUCCAGCUACCCGCCAAGUACUGGUUCUGGGGCGCGUACUUCGCAGCCGUACAGCCGCGCGCGAGCCCACUGGCGCCGCUACCGGCCGUAGCAUUCAAUGCGACGGUGAUGGACCUGACUACUGCCUCCGUCACCGUCACUGGCAUGCCGAAGCUAGAGCUGUAG